GGGGGGGGAGGAGGAGGGAAUGCUUUUGUCCAUUCGAAGGACCCCGUCGCUCGCCAGGAUAGGUCAGGUCAGGCUCCCUGUUUGGAAAUUUGGAGUUUGCGAAUGCGGAUUUCUCCUUUUCAAAAGCAAUCGUGAAGGAGAAGUAAAAAGGGCCCUCCCCCCUUUGAAAAAGCAGAGGAGGGGGGGGGGGGUCCAUAACCCACGCCGUCCCACCCCCUGAAAAAGGUUCCAAAAAUCAACAAAACUCGUUGCCCCGUUUUUUUGUUUGUUUGCUUCGUUUCGUAGCUUGUUUGGUGCACAAUGAAGCGAAGCAACAGAAAAAAAGCCAGCAGCGAUGGGGAAGCCAGGUGGCUUUCCCUGCCCCUCACACACACACACACACACACACACACACACACACACAGAGAAAAGGCACGUCCUUUCAAACACAAAAGGGACAAUACAGCGCAUGGGAGAAGGGGGUGGGUUGGGAAGCGGGCAAGCCAAACAAAUAAUGAAUCCGAGCCGGGCGAGCCUUUUCAACCGGCCGCUGCUGCUGGCUGCCCGUGGCCGGAGAUAAAAGGUCCCCGGGUCCUCGGGUGCGUGAAGAUUUUCUCACCCCCUUCUUCUGCUCCCUCCUUUCUGCUGGCCUCCCGGCCGACCCCGGAGGGUGGCUUCUGAUGACAGAAAAAUAAACCAUCAAUCUUUCCGGGCGCCGUGAGCGCCCACAACACGGUGACGUUUCGGACGCGGCUCACCCUGAUCGGUUCCUGGCGGGGGACCCGGAGGGAACCGGCCAAAGUAGUGCUACGUGGGAAGGGAUGCGGCAAUGAGGGGAAUAUAAAUAAAUCAGCAUGCCGUCGCUGCUUAGUUUUGCAUCGCGCUGGCCCGAUUGGCACCCAGUGGUUCCCAUCAGUCGCAUCCCGGACGAUGCCGGAAGCGGUUGUGCCGUGCUGUCUGCUGCUGCUGCUGCUGACGCUCCCACUGUCUGCUGGGUCGCUGCCGGCUGGCGGUGUUGAUUUAAUAGCCCGCACGCCGUACAGCCUGGACGCCGGGAGUACCGUUCCCGUCCGGGAGCGUUUGAUUGCGCUCGAGCGCCGGUUGGUGCAGCAGCAGCAGCCCUGCACCGGGCUGCUGAUCGUGUUUGUGCAGCUGUCCGGCGGCCGCCCACCGCACCUCGCCGGCGACACACUGUCGCUCGCCAUCGAUGCCUUCGCGCCCGGCCACCGCACACCCCGGCUGGUGCUGCGGGGCGACAACGAAGCGGUCGCAGACGCCCUCUCGUCCGCCGCCACUCUCGCGGACCGCGAUUCGUACUAUGUCGUGUUGAUACUGCUGCUGCCGGAUCUCGGAAACAGCCUCCCGGGCACGCUGCUGCAAACCACUGCCCGGUUGUUCCCGCUCGCCCUCAAGCUCCUCCUGCUCGGCUCGCCGGCCGCGCCCACCGACGAGGAGCUGUCCGCCGCCCGCACCCUACUCGCCGCCCUCUGGCAAACGGAGCGGGCCCUGCGAGCCCUCACCAUCUGGUACCGGCCGGCCACCGGCCUGCUGAUCGGUGCGUACGAUCCGUUCGAACCGCCCGCCGGCCGCUUCUACACCCUCGCCGGCCCCAACCGCACCGAUCUGCCGACCGAUCUGGCCGCGUUCGGGCGGCGCAUGAACCUGCGCGGCAGCGCGAUCACCGUGUACGGGUUCGAGGCGGCCAUGGCCUACCGCCGCCAGGACAUCGACAUGCUGCCGCGCACGUUCCCGGCGCGCCGGCCCGGCUCCACGCACGCGUCCCGGGACGCCCUGCUGGACGCACUGUUCGGCGCGGACGUGGAGGCGGUGCGCGAGCUCGCCCGCCGGAUGAACUUCACGCCCGUCGUGCACCAUAUGCGGGCCAACUUCGGCUUCAAGAUGGCGAACGGGACGUUUACCGGGGUGCUCGGCCGGCUGGUCGCCCGCGACGCCUGGCUGUCGAUGAACGUCUACUUCCUGAAGGACUACGAGACGCGCGACCUGCAGUUCGGUGCGGCCGUCUACCAGGACAGCCUGUGUGUGUUCGUGCAGGCGGCCGGUAUGGUAAGUUUGAAGGAGAAGCGGGGGGGGGGGGGGUGGCGGGGUUAAAGGCUAGCAACACAGGCUCGCUUUGCCAAGCCGGAAUUGGGUGCCGUUGGAUCACAGGAUUGCAUACCCUUCAGGCGCUUGCACAGCGCAACACUUCCAUCCAACACACGAGCCGUCUCCUUUGUUCGUACCAUUCGGGCGCAACGACUUUAAGCAGCUCUUCCCGUCCCUCCUCAACUGACAUACAUUUGCGGUAUGCGUGUGUGUGUGUGUGUGUGUGUGUUUCCUGUGGUAGUGGCCCUUUUGCCCGUGGUCGGUGGUGCCUUGGCUUUAGCAAAUCGAACGCAUGGUGCAAUGAAAAUGAAACGUAAACGGAUUUCCAUCGUUCGUUCCGUUUUCAUUUCCAGCACCGACCACCCCCAAGCCACACACACACACACACACACAAACACACCACUCAUUGCCAUUUGAACGAAAGACCGCACGGUACCGAUUCCGAUCGGACUUUAAUCCGCCCGCUUUCCGAAGCGACUGGAACCGCACACACAUACACAAGCACAAGUUGCACAAACGGUUUCCCAUUGAACCGCUUCAGAUUGCUGCGGUUUUUUCCCGGGCAAUAGCAGCAGGAAUCAACUUGCUCCCUCGGGGGCUCCAGUGUCCCUGCACUACGCACUCAUUGCUUCGAGAGUCGAGAUUUGUUAAUGUAUAUGUGUGUGUGUAUGUACAAGGGGCUUUAAGCAAACGAGCUGCAUUGCAUACAUCACACACACACACACACAUGAAGAGCUAGUGAUGGGAAUAACCACCCAAUAGUUAAAUGAGAGUUGCUGAGUUUGUUGAAUGGCGAGUUCAAUAUUUUGAGCAAGGUCUUGGAAAGAGAACAGGUCGAUGCGUUUAGAGUAAAUUGACAGAAAGCCAUGGGAAAAUUUUGACAGUUAAAUUGAACAUUUUUUAUGUUUGGUGAUGUAAGUUGCUAUAGAGUGAAUGAGAGUUUUGUUCAGCAUUUUGCACUCAUUUCCUUUUAGAAUAUUAUAAGAAUUAGAAUCUAAUAGGAAAUUUACAUGGCUGCUACAAUCCAAGGAUCUCUUUUAUUCGUCGCCGGGUUAUAAGCAAAGGACGGUGUGCAUAUUGUACCAGUGUGUGCCGAUUGGAUGUUUCAUUUAACUCUCAGUGUUUAAUUGAAAGUAAAUAGGACUUAAACUAGGUAAAUAGGACCAGAUAAAUAGGACAAACGGUAGUGAUUCGUGGUCACGGAAUGGCAAGCAAUGAAAAAGGAUAUCACUGCUCCUGAGUCCAAGAGUAGACUGUAAUUACAUCUCCUUUAUUCUCCAGAAGCGGUUGACCGCAAGAAAUUUAACCAAUAUAGUCUUCCUAAUAGUAAAUUCGACUUUUUUCCGCGUUAACUAUUAGCCGUUUGUUUGUAAACACUUUUUCAUGAAACUGUCAAAAGCGAGCCGAAAAUGGCAACCUAGCAACGGGCUUUGCAUCGACCUGUUGUCCUUAAUAGAUCUUGAUUUUGAGGAUCAACUAUCAAAAGAGUGAUAUCGCUCAAUCACUCAACAUACAGCAGCUGAACCUGUUACUUACUAUGGAGAGUUAAAACUCUUUUAACUCUCGAAAGAGCUCAACUCGAAUGAGCUCUUGAGCUGAUUAGUAUUAGAGCUAUUAGUUGCCGUGUAGAAUUUAACUUUUGACCUUUAGGUCAAGAAUUGAACGCACCGUAAUUGAGUGUAUAAACUAAUAGAGAUUUAACACUGAACAGAGCUUAACUCACUCAACCUAAUACCACUCUCGAAUCUCAAGUCACGACUUAACUCACCGAAGAGCUCAACUCACUCAACUAUGGAACUCAUUUAGCUCAAAAACUCAACUCACGGUGCUUGAGCUACUAGUUGCCGUGGUGAGUUGGUUACACAGCGAGAUUUAAUUUUUGGCAAUAUUUGUCUGGCUCCAACGUGAUUUAAUUCACUGCUAGUCUGGCACUAUACCAGUCACCAUGAACAAGUUACCAGCUGGAGGUAUAUCACUCUUCGAGAUUGAAAUCUUGGAACAGUUAUUUAGCUCUAGCGCUUAACUCUCGGAUUAACUCACUAUGAGUGAGUUGCAAAUCAGGACAACGAAUUAAAUUAAAGCACACAGACUCAAAGCAAGUUUCUCAAAGAUUUAAUUAAACUCAUCGCCUGCAAAGCUGAACAUCACUCAUUCUGGCACUCAGCACGUACAUCACCAAUAACAAAACGCGCCAAUUCCGCGUCCUCAAGAGCGGGAGGCUUAAGAAAGACACCAAAACCCAAUCGAGCUGCGAACGACACUCCGACGCGGAGUGCAGGUCAAAAAUGGAAAGAAAACACACUGUGUCCCGACGACGAUGUGGACGACGACGACGAGAACGGGGGUGGGUUUUUGUUUGCCCGUUUGGCCGCGAGUUUGGCCUGCUGCCGAAAGGGAUUUCAAGUGCGGUCGGACGUCAUUCGGUGCGGUGAAGUGUUGAGCAAGGUUAAGAUUUUCCGUUUGCAGCAAGCCUACGCCCGGCAACACUCUUCCCGGGCAAAAAAAAAAAAAAAAAAAAAAUGGCUUCCCAUUAUCGCGCUGAAUAGACGCACCCAGUUUCAUCGAUUGUGUUUCCCUUUUGCCGCUCUUUCCUGCACGCCGCCAGCUUCCCGAUUGGUUGCUCAUUUUUCGCUGCUUCACACCGACGCUGUGGAUCGGCGUCUGGAGCACGGUGGCGGUGGUGAGUCUCUGCUACCUAGCGCUAACCCUGCUCAUUGCCAUCUAUCGACCAGCGUGGGAGCACGGGAGGCAGCAUACGGGCAACGUUAGCCGAGAUCAACCACAGCAGGACCUGACCGGGCUGGUCGGACAGAUCGUUGGAGCGCUACUGACAGCGCCGACGAAUGGUUUCCAUCGUACCACGACGCACCAGAAGCUGUUCGUG